AUGUUUGUCAUCGUCACAACUUCAUUGGCAUCUCCGAUUAUCACCAUUGGCUCAGGUAAAGAUACGCGUAUAAAAGUGUUAUGCAACACUGGGAUGGCUUGCAGAGAGGGUGACUAUACAUUUUCUUUGUGUGAACAGUUUUGCAACGAUAACCAAGGACCAAAUGGAUGGCAUGCUGUUUGUCAGGCUGUCACGCAAAAAUCUCUAUCAGAUCUGGUUGAUUGUAUCGGUUGA